UAUUGUAUUUUAUUGGUUUUAUUUAUUUAUUGCUAUUCUAUGAAUUUGCUCUUAUUUUAUUUUACUGGUUUUAUUAUUUUAAGACUAGUAUGAUUGUUUUAGUAGUUUAUUUUAUCAUUUUAUUAUUGUUGUUAUUAUUAUUAUGUAUUUGUGCAGCAUUUUGGAAACUGUUUGUGAAAUGUGCAAACGAAAUAUACUGGACUGAAUUGGAUUGAAACCUGUAUUAGCAUAGGCUAUUACGCUAUAACUCAUACAAAAUGCUGGUUAUUCAUAUUUAGACAUAUUUAUUAAACAUGAUAAACAGGUUAAAUGUUUUAUAGGCCUAUUUUCAAAGUGUGAAAUGUUACCUUUAAUGUAAUAAUAAUAACUUGCCUACAGCGAACUCGGAACUAUAAUUUAGCUUUGUAUAAUUUCCCAUCGGUUGUAUUUUGAAGAAACACCCUCCCAAAAUGGCGGCCCCUGAGCACGAGAAGCCGCCUGUGUGUCAGAUAUUCACAUUUAACGACCCCAAAACGUCCCCGGACCCGGUCUAUGAGCUCCCGGCCUGCUGCCUGAGCCCGGCCCCGGUGCCCAUCGUCAUAGAUAACGGUUCGUUCCAGACGCGGGCCGGCUGGGCAGUGUCCGCGCCGGGACUCGACUCUCCGGGACUCGAUUCUCCGCGGCUCUCGUUCAGGUCCGUGGCGGCGCGGAGCAGAGGAGCCGCCCGCAGCGACACGCAGAUCGGCAACGACAUCCCGAGCCUGGAGCCUCUGCGCUGGCUGCUCAAGAGUCAGUUCGACCGGAACGUGGUGGUGAACUUCGAGAUCCAGGAGCUCAUCUUCGACUAUGUGUUCAGUCACCUGGGCAUCGGCUCCGAGGGUAGCGUGGAGCACCCCCUGGUGGUGACGGAGGCUCCCUGUAACCCUCUGCACUGUCGGCAGAUGAUGUCGGAGCUGCUGUUCGAGUGUUACCGAGUGCCCUUUGUGUCCUACGGCAUCGACAGUCUUUACAGCUUCUACCACCACAACCUGCAGCAGAGCACGGCCCCUCCCCACACCGGCAUCGUGCUCUCCUCUGGCUACAGCUGCUCCCACGUCCUGCCUGUCAUCAACGGCAGGGUGGAUGCGGUGAACUGUAAACGUGUGAAUGUAGCAGGCAGCCAGGCUGCGUCGUACCUGCAGCGCCUCCUACAGCUCAAAUAUCCCGGACACGUGGCAGCGAUCACCCUGAGCCGCAUGGAGGAGCUACUGCACCAGCACAGCUACACUGCAGUCGACUAUCACCAGGAGCUGGAGAAAUGGCGCAGCCCGGAGUUCUACGAGCGCGAGGUUCACCGGAUACAGCUGCCGUUCUCAGCUAAAGGCCCUGGGGGUUUGGUGAGCGUGGAGGAGAGACAGGAGCGGAAGGCCCAGCAGAUGAGACGCCUCCAGGAGAUCAACGCCAGACGCAGAGAGGAGAGGCUCCAGCAGGACCAGGAGAGACUGGACAGACUCUUAGCUGUGCAGGAGCUGCUGGAGGACGGCCUGGUGGAGCAGUUCCAUAAGAGUCUGGUGGAGCUGAACAUGGACUCAGCUCAGGAGCUCCAGUCCUACAUCCACAAGCUCCAGCUGUGUGUGGAGCAGGGGAGGCUUAGGCUGCAGACUGAACCCAGCGAAGGGAGGACUGAGGUUUCGGAGCUGGAGCAGCCCUUAGACGAGGCAGACGCGGUGGGGCUGAUGGAUCCUGACUUCCCAGAGGAGACGCUGCCAGAGAAACCGACUAAUGUAGUCCAGCCUGUGUUCAACCUGGCCGAGUAUCACCAGCUUUUUGUGGGCACGGAGCGUCUGCGUUGCCCUGAGAUCCUGUUCCAGCCCUCCCUCACCGGAGAGGACCAGAUGGGGCUGAUGGAGACUCUGCAAUACGUUCUGGACAGGUACAGUCGGGAGCAGCAGGAGGCGCUAGUGAGUAACGUGUUCCUGACAGGAGGAAACAUGCUGUACCCGGGGAUGAAGCAGAGAGUGGAGAGGGAACUGCUCGCCAUGAGACCCUUCCAGUCUCACUUCAAGGUGAGCAUGGCGUCGCGUCCCUCUCUGGAUGCCUGGUACGGGGCGAGGGACUGGGCCCUGCAGCACCCUCCUGCCCCCGGUGGCGAGGGCUGGAUCAGCAGGCAGGACUACGAGGAGAAGGGCGGCGAGUAUCUGAGUGAACACUGCGCCUCCAACCUCUUUGUGCCUCUGAGGAUCGUCAAACCCGCCCCACCCGCUCCACCUGCCCUACCUGCCGUCCCUGCCCCACCCGCCGCUCCUGCCGCCCCUGCCAUCACCUCCGACUCCGCCGCACCAACAGCAUCUGUCGCCAUGGUGACAGGGAGCUCCCAUGUCGCCAUGGUCACCUCCUGAACAGGUGUGGAGCAGUGAGAGAUCGUUCAUAUUGAAUGGUUUUAAUAAGUAGUUUUCUAUCAUAUUUGUGUUUGUAAAUAUGAUUUUUGUACUUUUUGACAUAAAGAUUCAAAAAGAAAAUGGCUGCUGACAUAUUUUUAUGUAACACGAUUAUUUAUUAGUUAAAGUUGCUAUUGAUUUGGCUGGAAUUGUCCACAGCAUGACAUUGAGCGUAUAUAUCUUGCAUUUACUCAACUACCAAACUUUUGUUUGGUUUUGCUGUUUAAUGCCAUAGUGCAGAUCAUUUUCGGCAAAGUGAUAACAUGUGCAGAGAGGCAAAUAAGUGACUGACAACCACUAAAAGUUACACAAAGCACCUUUAAUUAGUAAAUCGAGGCACUUGAAAUUGUGAUAUUUUAGAAAAUUGGCAAUUCCAGUCCUGAGAUUAUGUGAAUGACUCUAGUUUAAAAACACAUUGGAGCACUUCCUGUAUUAUCAAAUGACAUCACAUGGUUUACCUGGUUUGUUUUUGAUGAGUAAACAACAUAACAGAUCAGAAAAUAACUAAAUAUUUGCCCUUUAAACAGCUUCUGUAGAUCGUUCUCUAUAUUAUUAGUUGCAGUUCAGUGUUUCACCACUAGAUGACGCCAGCACACACACAAACUCAGGUUCUGUCCCUUUGCU